AUGAGAAGCAUGAUUAUUGAGGAAAACAACGUCAGCAAUUCAACAAAUGACCACGAAGACUUGCCUACGUCACCGGAAGUCCCUGCAUUUUUGAAUCCGGGAACAACUGCCAGAUCGAUGACGACAUCUACAAACAAUCCAAGGGUUACUAGUGCUAUUACAGUUCUGACAUUACCAGCAGUUCCUCCACCUGCUUACGAAGACGCUAUAAGAAAUAAUGUGGGCACAUUAUCAAAUACAAGACCCAAUGAAGAAGAAGGACUAGGAAUGGACACAGAAAGAAGUGACACGGCUCAAUCUUCAUUGAGAGCCCCAGAACCUGUAGCCAGCCAACUCAAUAAUGACAGCAGAAGAGUUAGUACUGGGAUGAGUCCAGUGGGAAAUAGUUAUAACACCAAUGCGACUAUAGUUACAGAGCCAGCAUCUUUAAUGAAUUUAAAUACAAAUAAUAGUGGUCAUCCAAGAACAACAAUGGUGUAUGCGGAGGACAUUUCAAAUUCCCCCCGAUCCAAAUUGUUGCAACCCGAUAAUCAUAUUACACAUGUAAGGGGAAGUACUGGGACUCAUAUUGGUGUACAGCCUGGAGCUGUUCAGGUGCCUCGGGUUUUACCGCAGAGUCAAAUGAGAAUGCAGCAGCAACAACAACAGCAACAGCAGCAGUGGCAAUGGCAGCAAAAUCAGAGGCAUCAGCAGCAGCAGCAGCAGCAGCAGCAGCAGCAGACAGAUGAUCGAAUGAGCAUGUUUGAUGGAACUUUAUUUUGUAUGAUGCUUAUGUUUGUGUUUUGUUUCCCAUUUUCAAUUGUGUUAUUGCCAUGUAUUUUUAAUAUGUAUAACAAGAAUGAUCAGGAAAAUAGAUUGAGACCUAAAAAUGAAGGGGGAGGAGGACAGGUUGAUAUUGAUUUGGAAGGAAUGAUGGGUAUUAUGACUGAAUUGGGUGGAGAAGAAGAAGGAGAAGAAUAA